AUGUCGCGCGCGCAGCCGACGUCCGUUCGCCCGACCGCGGCGAAGCGCACGUCCGUCGUCCUCGCGUCGGCGAAGACGGAUGCGAUCAUCGAAGAGAUGAAGACGCUCACGCUCCUUGAAGCGUCCGAGCUCGUCGCUCAAAUCGAAGAAGUGUUCGGCGUCGACGCCUCCGCUCCGGCGGGCGGCAUGAUGAUGGCCGCCGGCCCGGCUGCCGGUGGCGAAGCCGCCGAAGAAAAGACCGAGUUCGACCUUGUCAUUGACAACGUUGACGCCGAUAAGCGCAUCGCGAUCAUUAAGGUUGUGCGUGGCCUCACCGACUUGGGCUUGAAGGAAGCGAAGGAUGCCGUCACCAACGUGCCGUUCACCAUCCUCGCGGGCAAGACGAAGGGUGAAGUCGAAGAAGCCAAGAAGGCGCUCGAAGAAGGCGGUGCCAAGUGCUCCAUCAAGUAA